AUGGCAGCGGAAUUCGUAGAUUUACUGGCACAGUGGCUAAAACGCAGGCAAGGACAGGGAAUUGAAGGUUUUUACGAGAGAGCAAUAUGGGCAGAUAUGAAAAAUAUGGUGGACCAGUUUCUUACCCAUAUGGAGCAUGAUGAUGGCACACUUGCGACAUCGUGUGAUGAUAAGGGAUGGGGGCCGGAACGAAUCACAAAUUGGCAUAAUGCUGACGACAAAGUUGUAUGCAAAAUGAUGGUGCCGGCAUUAUUUUUCAUGAAUGGAUGGGGGCUGGGUCCACAUGGGGGAUACGAGGCUUCGGCCGCAGGUGAUAGAUUACACAGAUAUAUACGGUGCAUAAUUGUGAAUGUAUUUAUGUUCCAGUUAAUGAAAGCAAACUGUGGCAGACAUCAAGGUAUACGACAGGCAUUGCACAUAUUUGAACCCUUUAUGGACCAUGUGCCUGGCGCUGUGCAUCCUAAAAUGUGUACCUGGGUGGUUAAUAAUGACCUGAAAGUAGGAGGAAAGGUAAUAGGCGCACAAUUUGAUGACUGGAUAAUGGGGGAUGAAACCAUGCAGGCCAAGAUGAAACAGUUAGAGAAAAGUGUAAGAUGCAAAAGAAGGCGGAAACAGACAUCAGACAAUGGCCCGGGAAGUAUAGAAUUAUUGAAAGCCGAAACGUUGCGGGAAGAAAUGGAGCCAGGAAUGAAGGGUAUAUUAAGGAAAGUACGGAAGAGAGUAAAGACACUACGGGGGCCAGUUCCUUCCGACGACGAUGCGGAUGACGAUGAAGACGACGAUGAGGAUGACGAUGAGCACGAGGACGUGAAUGCAGGCAACACACCAGAAGCUCCACCAGUUACGGUACCGGAAGCACCAACAGAGGUGGUUCCUCAGGACAGGGUGUCAGUACCCAAAGCUGCACCGGAUGCACAGGCACCAUCCGUAGCACAAGGAGGCAGGUCUGACACACCACCAGCGGAUGCCGCACCAACAACAUCGGCAGGCACGGGACAAGGAACACAGACAGAAACCACACCACCAGGACCGGGUCCGGGACCUGGACCUGGACAACAACCCCCCCCACCUCCACCACCAUCUCCCUCAGGGAAAUCAGGCGGUGACGAGGCAGGAGCAAAGGAAGAAAAAGGUGCUACGGGCGUUGCAGCAGGACCACGACCAAAGGAAAAAUCAGGUGAGGACCAGUGUAAGGAGAGUCUUGGGAAAAAUGAAAAGAGUUCGGGUGCAGUGGUUAUACGUACCGGAUGUACAUCGGGCGAAGCCUUAGGAGAAAUACCGGGCGUUACGGACACAUCCGACUCCAAGCCCAGGAAGCCUGAUAAUGGUACUGGGCAACCCCAGGAUCCGAACCGUACUUCCGCGGCGGAUCCAUCACCAGGAGCACAAGCACCAGCAGCGGCAGCACCGAAAGCACAAGCAGAACAAGAACCAGCAACCACAACAACAUCCUCCAGUGGAGCAGAAGGGGCACCAACAUCUGCUCCUGCCCCUAGCCCCGGGGACCAAGUGGUAGAUGGCGCCGGUAAGGCGGGCGGCAACGAUGACCCCCCUCCUCUCAAUCCACCCAAACCAAAACCGAACCCGAACCCAAAUCAAUCGGGGAGCAGCAGUCCCAGCGGCACUACUACUGGUGUAGAUGGUGGCUCUGGUGGGGCAGGAAACGGUGCCGGGCCUCAUGGUGGAGGUGGUCCUACCCAAGGCAGUGGAGGAGGUCAAUCCUCUGGUAAUGGUUCCACUGGUCACCAAACCCCAGGUUCUUCAGGGCCGGGUGCUACUCGUACUGCUUCCACGGAGCCCGAAACACCAGGUUCAUCCGGUACUGGUUCUACCAAAACCCACACUCCUUCCUCCCCUGAUAAUGGUUCCCGUACUACCAACGCUGUGACUACUCAGAUUACAUCCAUCCCCCAGAAUGAUCCCCCUGCACAGAACACACCAGGAGAAGGCGCAGUAGCUGGUGGUGGAAUAACCUGGGAUGCCCUUAUCCCCUACACCCCCGCGAUCAUUCCAGCGGUGGUUGGUAUUGGAAUCAUUGCGUUUUUUCUGUGGAAGCGCACCAUCAUCGAACUACAUCUAGAAGUGCUCAACGAAUGUGAAGCGGCCGAAUGGGAAAACGUCAAAGACGACUAUUUGCAGAUACUUGUGCAGGAGUUUGCGCGCGACUUGGAGCAGGAAGAGGACAGGAAUAACAACAUCUUGGGCGUUUCUACCACAAAGCAGGGUCCUCCAGAGAUCAAUGUUUCAUCUGCCUUGCAUCCACCCCCUGACAGCAACGGCAUAGAUCCAUGUCCACCGCAUGACUGCGCUUCAUGCAGUUGUAUGGAAACUGCAGCGUUAGAAGAAGAGGGGACUCCUGCUCUCUUUCCAUACUCUUCCGACCCCGCGAAUGAAUGCCGCAUCCCCGACCCCACCCAUUGGAUCCCUUGGAUUGACCGCAACAAGCAUCUAUUGCGGACGUGCACGACUCAGCCGUGGUUUCUGCAAUUAAAAGCGGCAUGGAAACAAUACCUGCGCGAGCACAUGGCGGCAGACGCAGCAUCCGGUGAGCACAGGACAGCCGCAACCAUGGAAAGCACCAAACUGGACGCAUGGAAACAAUGGGUCGCGAAGCAACAUCGGCAACUGCGUAUGUAUGGCCAGGAGGAGUGGUUCCAACAUUUGUUGAAUAAUGUACAGGAGCAGACAGUGUCGGAAAAAGGCGAUGUAUCAGUAGUCGAACAAGACUUAGAAGUGGAAAAAGUCAUGGCAGCAGAACAUGUGCUACAAGUGAGAGGUGUACCACGCACGCAACUGCAUAAGCAACCUUACAUGAAAAAACCGUAA